AAUCGCCCACCAGGAAUCGGCUGGUGCCGCGGGUGGGCGAAGGCACGGCCGCCGGCCCGGAGGGCAGCGCGGAGGGUGGCGCUGGCGGCGUGAAAGGCGUCUUUGUGCAAGACUGAGUGUGGUGGGGGGAAGGCGAAGAGAGAACUGAGCCCGGACCUGGACGCGGGGGUCUAGCGCGCCCCUAUGCCCCUAGCCGUCCGCUGUGCCGGAAUGAGCCGGGUAGCGCCGGCAGGGGGCAGUGUGGCGACAGAGGAGUUGCCGGGAGGAGGGGGUUCUCUGUUCACCUCUAUUUGAGGCUGGACUGGGGGAAAAGCUGCCUGGAGGAAGCUGCUGGGGUGCGGGGGACUGAGCGAUUUGGCUCCCCGCCCUCUCCCCUAGGUGGCGGAGAAAUCGGGCUAGCUGGAAGGGCGCAGCUCCUCUCCGAGAGCUCAUUCCGGAAUCGGAGAGCUGGGAGAGCGGCCCCCGAGGCGGAGCCUCCCUCCCGCCCGGAGUCCCGCUGCCCCCAACCUGGGGGAGAGGGGCGGGCGCCGCGCUGCCUUCCCUCCGCGCCUCGGCCGCGUGGCUUGCGGCUUAUUUUCCCAGCUGGCAAGCGUCGCGCUGCAGACAAGGGAAUGCCUGUGGGAAGGCUGCACUGGUUUCCUGAGAUAAAUGGACAGGAAGCACAUUACCUCCGCGCGCUGGCAAGCGGCUCCCAAAUGCUUUUUGCACCUGCCGUUUUGAGCGGUCCUGCGUGUUCCGAAGUUCGGGGGCCCCCUGAUCCCGCUGAGCCCCCUCCAGGAGCGGAAGGGUUAAGAAUGAUGAGGAAGAAGAGGAAGCGAGGCGCGCCCCCCGGCCCAUGCCGCAGCCACGGGCCCAGACCCGCCACGGCGCCCGCCCCGCCGCCCUCGCCGGAGCCCACGAGACCUGCAUGGACGGGCAUGGGCUUGAGACCAGCACCUUCCAGCGCCGCCGCUGCUGCCGCCGAGGUUGAGCAGCGCCGCCGCCCCGGGCUCUGCCUGCCGCCGCUGGAGCUGCUACUGCUGCUGCUGCUCAGCCUCGAGCUGCUCCACGCAGGUGACUGCCAACAGCCAGCCCAAUGUCGAAUCCAGAAAUGUACCACGGACUUUGUGUCCCUGACUUCUCACCUGAACUCUGCCAUUGACGGCUUUGACUCUGAGUUUUGCAAGGCCUUGCGUGCCUAUGCUGGCUGCACCCAGCGAACUUCAAAAGCCUGCCGUGGCAACCUGGUAUACCAUUCUGCUGUGUUGGGUAUCAGUGACCUCAUGAGCCAGAGGAAUUGUUCCAAGGAUGGACCCACAUCCUCUACCAACCCCGAAGUGACCCAUGAUCCUUGCAACUAUCACAGCCACGCUGGAGCCAGGGAACACAGGAGAGGGGACCAGAACCCUCCCAAUUACCUUUUUUGUGGCUUGUUUGGAGAUCCUCACCUCAGAACUUUCAAGGAUCACUUCCAAACAUGCAAAGUGGAAGGGGCCUGGCCACUCAUAGAUAAUAAUUAUCUUUCAGUUCAAGUGACAAACGUGCCUGUGGUCCCUGGAUCCAGUGCUACUGCUACAAAUAAGAUCACUAUUAUCUUCAAAGCCCACCAUGAGUGUACAGAUCAGAAAGUCUACCAAGCUGUGACAGAUGACCUGCCAGCCGCCUUUGUGGAUGGCACCACCAGUGGUGGGGACGGCGAUGCCAAGAGCCUGCGUAUCGUGGAGAGGGAGAGUGGCCACUAUGUGGAGAUGCACGCCCUCUAUAUAGGGACCACAGUGUUUGUACGGCAAGUGGGUCGCUACCUGACCCUUGCCAUCCGUAUGCCUGAAGACCUGGCCAUGUCUUACGAGGAGAGCCAGGACCUGCAGCUGUGCAUGAAUGGCUGCCCCGUGAGUGAACGCAUCGAUGAUGGGCAGGGCCAGGUGUCUGCCAUCCUGGGACACAGCCUGCCUCGCACCUCCUUGGUGCAGGCCUGGCCUGGCUACACACUGGAGACUGCCAACACUCAAUGCCAUGAGAAGAUGCCAGUGAAGGACAUCUAUUUCCAGUCCUGUGUCUUCGACCUGCUCACCACUGGUGAUGCCAACUUUACCGCCGCAGCCCACAGUGCCUUGGAGGACGUGGAGGCCCUGCACCCGAGGAAGGAACGCUGGCACAUUUUCCCCAGCAGUAGAAAUGGGACUCCCCAUGGAGGCAGUGAAUUGUCUGUCAGUCUAGGACUCACAUGCUUGAUCCUUAUCGUGUUUUUGUAGGGGUUGUCUUUUGUUUUGUUUUUUUAUUUUUUGUCUAUAACAAAAUUUUAAAAUAUGUAUUGUCAUAAUAUAUUGAGUAAAAGAGUAUAUAUGUAUAUACCAUGUAUAUGACAGGACGUUUGUCCUGGGACACCCACCAGAUUGUACAUAUUGUGUUUGGCUGUUUUCACAUAUGUUGUAUGUAGUAUUCUUUGAUUGUAUCAAUUUUGUUUUGCAGUUUUGUGAAAUGUUUUAUAAUGUCCCUGCCCAGGGACCUGUUAGAAAGCACUUUAUUUUUUAUAUAUUAAAUAUUUAUGUGUGUGCUUGGUUAAUAUGUGUAGUACAUAUACACAGACACCCAUACGCAGCGUUUCCUUUGAAGUGACCAGUUGUUUGUAGCUAUUCUUGGCUGUACCCUCCUGCCCUUUCCCAUUGCUACUGAUUUGCCAUGGUGUGCAGCUUUUACUCGCCACCUUCCGGUGGAGCUGCCUUGUUCCUUUGAACUAUGCCCUCACCCUUCUGCCCUCACUUGAUUUGAAAGGAUCGUUAACUCUCCCUUACAGGUACUUUGACUCUUAAACACUGAUCUUCAGAAGCUCUCUUCCGGUCUAACAGCUGUUACUUUUUCAGAACGGAGGGUAUUACUGGUAUUCUGAUUACUCUCAAUUCUAAUUGUUAUAUAUUUGAGCCCAUACAGUGUAUUAGGUUGAACCACAGAAACUGUUGUUCUUGUAGGUCAAAAAGGUGUAGUGAUGGCAGUUUUCGUAGAUAAGUACCAGGCAUCUUGCUAGACCUCAGAAACUCCCAGACUUUUUCUCAUCCCAUGCCCCUUUUUAAAUGGUCAGUUUUUCCUCUGACUCUUCUGUGUUAAAACAUGAAACUAUACAUUUAGUAAUUAUCAUGCCUUGCUCUUUUUUUAAUCUGUAUGACUGGCGCAAGCCCCUGAUCUUAACCUUUUCUUGGCUGUCAAACCCAGAAACACACAGCUCUCCCUGUCUCCACCUCCAGUAAGCCCUCCUCAACUUCACCUUACGAAUCCAAAGAACUGGGUUCUUUCUCUAAUGUAGAGGCCCAGAUCCCAUCACAAAGUUUUUCAUUCUUCCUUGUCCACCAUGAUCUUCAUCACAGUCUUUGAUGUGUCUGCAUGCAAAGUGGAACAGAGUGGGGCAGCAAUGACAGAAAAGCUUCCUUGGCCUGACUCAGUGUGUGGCCACUUCGGCACUGCUUAAUCGAGAUAUUCUUGUUAACUAAGCAUUGUGCUGCUUCCCAGGUGGUCUCUGAAGUCAGGUACUCUCCCUCUUCACACCUGUAAUUGAAUAUUAUUUAGUCAGUUGCUCAUUGUAACUUGGAGAAAUUUCUAUAAAGUAUGAUCUCUCCUUGCCUUUUCCAUUCCAUUGUUGGCACCCCCUUGGAAAAGGAAAAGAACAGCAAAAGGCAGGAACCGUAAUCUGAGAAAGUUAACUCCAGAAUAGGUAGAUUUCUAUUGUUAUAUCUAGAUGGAAAUCUUUGGUUCUAACAAGAAGUGAUACAGUUUGUGCUUUAAUAAUUUAUUGAUAAGUUUACAUAAACAAAUAAAAGGUACGAACUUUAAAUACAGUAGUAGUUUAUGCCAAGAUUAUGCUUAGUUUUAGGUCUCCAGGUAGUUACUUUUGCCAUGUCCUAUUGAUCAGUGACACUGCCAGAGGCCCAGACUGGCAGGAAAAAGAGGACGUCGUUUUGUAAAGUUUUAUUUCUUAGUGAACUGAUGUGCCAUCCAGUCACAGAGUGGAGUUGUGAAUUCAUGUAGAGGUGGCAAACUUCUACCUUGUGUUUAUAGGAAUAAUCUUGGGCAGUUUGGGAAAAUAAGGAAGGCAUCUGCUUCUUUCUUAUAGAUUCAACUGUAGAGAGUUGAAACCUAAACCCACCUUCCUUUUACAGAAGCUGGACUGGGGACUGACUGACCAUCAGCUCUGAACUGUGGCUUUUUUUGUUCACCUGUGGAGCCAUGUACCAAAUUCAGAAGCUAUUGUUGAUAAUUUGUUUUAUAAUUGAGUAGUACAAGUGAGGAAAAAUACAGAGGAUACUUUAACCACUAUUUUUGUGCAAAUACGAAAGUGAACUAAAAGCAAUAGAAGAAAUUUCUAUAGGAUCUGGGUUUAGAGUGUAUAUGAUUAAUAAAUAUACCUUUGCUCUUUACAGGGAAAAUUACAAAACCACCCUUACUGAUAGUUGGGAAAUGAAGAUUGGGUUAUUUUGCCAUAUGUAGCUGGAAGUGACACUUCAAAGCACCCUGCAUCACUAGUAAUAGUGUAUUUUGCUAUUCUCCCCUUAUAAUCGGUGUCCCUGUAAAACAAUCCCCACAGAUUACAAAUAGAUGUACUUCUCUACAUAAGGGCCAGGUUUAUUUUCUCCUGAGAUUUCUAGAAAAAAAAUGCUGCUUGCACAUGUUGGUUCUUGAAACCUUAGCUAGAAGAGUUUCAGGUCAUGCCAACAUGUGGAUAGGCUGUAGCUGUUCAGAGGUCUCCCGGGGGAGCUUAAACCGGGGGAAACACUGGUUUUCACAGAUGCUUCACAUGGCUGUCUUUAAAAGACUCAAAACUUGUUGUCCUCUUUGUUAUGCUUGGAACCCCCCCCCCACAGUGUGUCGAGUCUUUGCAAAGAAACCUUUAGAUGUGGUUCAUAGAUAUAUGAAUACGUAUCUGUGUAAAACAGUGAGCGUGCAGUGUGUAAAUACUUUAAAUUAUUACGCUAGAAAAAUAAAGUUACAUACCAUACUGUGGAA